CAUGAGGAUAUUUAGACCUCUGUUACUUGCAGCUCGGACGUCACCAACAUAAAUCACUCAUAUUCCAAACCAUAUUGUUUUGUGAGGUCUCGGUCGUAUGCACAGAGUUAAAAAAUGUGUAGUAUCCUUUCCACCAAGACAGUGAACCAAUUGGCGAAGUUGUGUGUCUAUGAGAUAUGUGUAGCAAAAGCACUUUUACACGGCACAUGUAGUUGGGGGAAAAUUAAAAUGUAUUUUGAGGUUGAUGAUUGCCGUAUCGUUGAAACACUGAACAAAUUUUUUUAAGCACGGGUUAAAUUUCCACUAAAGUGCUACAUUAAGUUGUAAAGUAUUCUGAGUGUAUGUGUAAUGAAAGAAAAAAUAACAACUUGCAGACCAUGAAUCUGCCUGAUCUAAACCACCCGUUUUUUUGGACCGACAGAAAAUGUUUUUUCUUAUCAGCAUUUAUACCACAGAAUAAAGUUGAAGUUACUGUUACUACUUCUAAUGCUAAGUUUACAUCCUGAGGUUGUAACAAUAAUGUUUUUCUUCAAUGUUAGACGCUUUGUGCAGAACUGUUUAUGUAAUCUUAAAAAUGAGAUAGGAACAAAAAUAGUUAUGGUAAUAUUUUCAAAAUCCUUCGAAGCACCGAAAAAAACGAUCUCAAUGUAUGGUUAAUGCUCGUACAAUUAACAGGUGAAUCAUGCAUAUUCUAUUGUUUUAGAGGCGCAAAAUUUAAUUGCAAAGAGUCAAACAAUUACUUUUUAAGUCAAUUUUUGAAUGAAAUCUUUCCUCAUUUUUCAAACAGACGCUACUCUCAGUUUAAAUCUAUUAUCAUUUGGCGUAGUAUUUGUAUUACUCAUGCAAUGAAAUUUGAAGGAACUUUAGGUGUGUCGCUGUGAAUAUUAAAUUAGAUAUAUUUUCUGAAGUCUGGAAUAUACAGCACGUCUUUAUUGUGUUCUUAAAGAGAUUUAACCUAAGUUUCAUAAUUUAAAUAGCAAGUUAUAGACCGAGGAAGAUGAAAGUCCUCUAAGUGUAAAUCCACUUCUUGGCUAUUGUUUUCUAUACAUUCAAACCUCGGGUUAAAAACAUAAUGGUAUAGGGGUUUUAUUCAUUUUGACGGCGUGUAAAUCGCAUAAAUCCUCCCUGAAAAUUUCCUGAUGUCAAAAAACCGACGGUUUCAAGAGCCACCGUGAAGUCAUCUGUCAAUCGGAUUGGAGAAAACAUGGCGGAAAAUCCCUGCGAAACAUGCAGACAUUCGUACAAAAAUGGCAGAAGAUCGAUGAUGUCUCAGGUGGUGGUUAUGUUGGUCCUCUCUGGGUUGUUCAUGAAUACAGGCAUGCAGGCAACCAUGCCAACCUUGGUCAUCGGGGCGUUGCAUGAUAAUUCAGCUGCGCAUUUAGAAUUGAACGACGAUGAAGCUUCGUGGUUUGGGAGCAUCUUAUCGUUUUCCCACCCGAUCGGGGCGUUAACCUCGGGCCUGCUACAAGAGCGUCUCGGGAGGAAAGGCAGCAUGCUGUUUGUGAAUAUACCAACCCUGGCGGCCUGGACGAUCCUCUUCCGCGCCACUUCCGUCUACCAACUCUACCUAGUCGUGGUUCUCAUGGGCGUCUCAAUCGGGCUCAUGGAGGCGCCGCUCCACUCCUACAUCGGCGAGGUCGGCGAACCCCACUUCCGGGGCAUCAUGUCCACCAUGGCCACCGCAGCGACGAUCCUCGGGGUCCUCGCUAUGCACGUCCUCGGUUACCUGUUCCCGUGGAGGAAAGUGGCUCUUAUCAGUGCUGCUGUCCCUCUUAUCUCGAUCCUGUGUUUGACUCAGAUUCCAGAGUCGCCGACAUGGCUGAUCUUGAAUGGGCGUGCAAAAGAUGCGCAAAAAGCUCUCAGUUGGGUCAGAGGGUGGUUACGACCAGAGGAGGUCCAAAAGGAAUUCGAUGAACUGCUCCAUCAUACUGAGGUCGCACUUAAGAUCAAUCGCACCAGUGCAUCUGACCGAGAAACAUACCGCGCAGUUCCAGCGGUUGAAAAUGAAGCUUUGUCACGACAGGUUGAACCGGUUCUCACAGAAGAAAAUGGAAGUUGUCUCAAAAUCAAAUGUGAAGAGUUGACUGACAAAAAAGUAUAUCGUCCGCUUCGUAUGGUUUGCAUCGUCUUUUUCUUCAGCAGUGUGACAGAACUCUCUGAGUUGCGACCUUUUAUGGUGGGAAUCUUCAAAGAUUUGGGAUUCCCAAUAAAAAAUCACCCCAUAUCUGUUUUAACAGCUGUGUUCUUUUUCAUCGGUGCAAUGUUGCACGUGGUUUUCUUACGGCGGCUGGGCAAGCGAAGACUGACGUUAAUAUCCCAGGCUUUGGCGACGCUCUCUAUUCUCUUGUUGGGAGUUUACUGUACCUUCUUCAACAAACCCAAUAGUAGUCUUGUUUGGAUUCCCAUCUCCUUGAUGUCCUGCAUCAGUUUUUGCGGUGGCUUCGGCAUAGCACUUAUUCCGUGGCAGCUCUGUGCUGAGGUCUUCCCUCUCAAGGGCCGAGGCACGGCACAAGGAAUAGCAGCAUCGUGGGCGUAUUACAUGCGUUUUGUCAUGUCGAAAACCCACUUCUACCUAGAGAGAUGGAUUAAACUCAACGGGGUCUUCUUCCUCUAUGGUGUCAUUGCCGUAGCGGCGUUUCUGUAUUACUUGCAAUACCUACCAGAGACUGAGGACAAGUCUCUCAAGCACAUUGAAACCUACUUCACCGAGAACCAUGACAAGACGGAGAAAUUCUGCAAGCCAAAGCACAACAGAAGCCAUAAUGUGCGGUAGUAGAGGUUGCAAUCCGACGAAAUGAAAAUUUAGCUGAAAUGGUUGGUGAUAUUACAAUGUUUAGGCAGCUAUUUACAAAACAAAUUACUUCUUCUAUCUACUGCGAUAGGUAUAUGUAGAGCGAUGGUAUAAAGACGGUAAGAUCGUUGAUAAGGUAACAAUUCAAAAUAAAUUUGAGAGCAAACAAUCAAUACAACAUACGUGACGACGAUAACAAUAUUGCAUUAUAAAUAAUUUUGUAAAUUCCUAAUACUAACAACUUAAAUACAAGCGACAUUUUUUGAAAGCC